GUUAAAAACGACAAGGAAUCUAUCUACAGGAAUCUCGAACACAACACGCCAGUUUUUCUGUCUCUGUCCAGAUAUUUAAGAACUGGAGUAAGAGAUUCACUCGAUCAUCCUUCCUGCUCAGACUGUGGGGAGGGAUUCACUCGAUCAUCUGACCGACUGGCAUGCCCGUCACUUCACAUAGGAGAGAUCCCGUUCAUCUUGCUCAGACAGUGGGAAUGGAUUCUGUCGGUCAUCUCAACUGAAGGUACGUCAGCAAGUUCACACUGGGACAAGGCCAUUCACCUGUUCUGUGUGUGAGAAGGGAUUCAGUCGGUCUUCCCACCUGUGGACACACCAGUCAGUUCACACUGGGAAGAGGCUGGUCAUCUGCUGAAUUUGUGGGGAAGGAUUCACUCGGUCAUCUGACCUAAUGGCUCACCAGCGAGUUCACACCGGGGAGCGGCCGUUCACCUGUCCAGACUGUGGGAAAGGAUACACUUGGUUAUCUGAACUGAAGGUACAUCAGAGAGUUCACACUGGAGAGAGGCCGUUCACCUGCUCAGACUGUGGGAAGGGAUUCACUCGGUCAUCCAAACUACUGGUACACAAGUCAGUUCACACAGGGGAGAGGCCAUUCACCUGCUUAGAAUGCGGGAAGGGAUUCUUUUGCUCAUCUAAUCUGAAGGUACAUCAGCGAGUUCACACUGGAGAGAGGCCAUUCACCUGCUCAAACUGUGGGAAGGGAUUCACUCGGUCAUCCCACCUACAGAGUCAUCAGCGAGUUCACACUGGGGAGAAGCCGUUCACCUGCUCAGACUGUGGGAAGAGAUUCACUCGGUCAUCCCACCUACAGAGUCAUCAGCGAGUUCACACUGGGGAGAAGCCAUUCACCUGCUCAGACUGUGGGAAGGGAUUCACUUGCUCAUAUGAACUGAAGGUACAUCAGAGAGUUCACACUGGAGAGAGACUGUUCACCUGCUCAGACUGUGGGAAGGGAUUCACUCAGUCAUCUCAAAUGAAGGUACAUCAGCAAGUUCACACUGGGGAGAGGCUGUUCACCUGCUCAGACUGUGGGGAGGGAUUCACUCAGUCAUCCCACUUACAGAGACACCAGCGAGUUCACACUGGGGAGAAACCGUUCACCUGCUCAGAAUGUGGGAAGGGAUUCACUGAGUCAUCCAGCCUACAGAGACACCAGUCAGUUCACACUGGAGAGAGGCCGUUCACCUGCUCAGACUGUGGGAAGGGAUUCACUCGGUCAUAUGAACUGAAGGUACAUCAGAGAGUUCACACUGGAGAGAGGCCCUUCACCUGCUCAGACUGUGGGAAGGGAUUCACUCGGUCAUCCCACGUACAGAGUCACCAGCGAGUUCACACUGUGGAGAGGCCGUUCACCUGCUCAGACUGUGGGAAGGGAUUCACUGAGUCAUCCAGCCUACAGAGACACCAGUCAGUUCACACUGGGGAGAGGCCAUUCACCUGCUCAGACUGUGGGAGGGGAUUCACUUCAUCAUUUCACCUACUGAGACACCAGCGGAUUCACACUGGGGAAAGGCCGUUCACCUGCUCAGUCUGUGGGAAGAGAUUCUCUCGGUCAUCCAGCCUACAGAGACACCAGCGAAUUCACACCGGGUCGAGGGCGUUCACCUGCUCAGACAUUGGGAAGAGAUUCUCUCAGCCAUCUCCACCAAAUGUAUAUCAUUGAGUUCGCACUGGGGAAAGGCCAUACACUGCUGUGAAUGUUGGAAGGGAUUCGCUCAGUAAACUAAACUUGUGACACACUACAGGGUUCACACUGGGGAGGAAGUUUCAGUAAGCUGCAUACUGGAUAUUUGUCCAUCACCGUUGCUGAAUGCAAUUUCGAGAGUGACUGUUGGUGCUGAACUCUGCAAUUACUGCUGCUGCUCACCACACCCAG